AUGGCUACUUUAGGAAUAGGCGUAAUUAUUCUAAUUGUCAUAUGGGUUAUCACAAUAGCAACAUUGACAUUAUUUACUUUUUCUCAGUCAAGUAUUCGAUAUGUUGGUUUACUUGCAUUAGUAAUAGCUGUCAUUAUUACACUUGUAUUGACAUUAUUACCACGUGGUGAAGUUAGUCGUGCAUCGACAUCGGAUCCACCUUCAAAUUAUUCUGGUGUUGCUCGAAUACUUAUUUUAACAUUUCUUUGUGUAACUUUUCUUGUUGGUCUCGUACUCAUUUUUGUUCAUGAAAUUCUUCCACCUAUAUAUGCCCAGCCAGUUCGAAAACGUUUUGUUAGAUAA